UUGUCUCGAAUAUUUGCAAAUAUGGAUUUUGAUGCCAAAACUUUGAAUUCCUUUUCAAUAGCAUCAGAUUUUGCGAGUACACCAAGUGGAGGAAAGGAUCCUUAUUUGAUAACAUUUGACCCAAUCGCUUUUAGAUACAUUGGUCGACGUGUCGUUGGUUCAUCUAAUCAACGAAAAUUUACAAAAAUUGGAGAAGACUUUAAUCUUUGUUUUAAAUUGAUUAAAAGCGAUUCAAAGCUCGUAAAAUCGUUGCUUUUUAGUUAUGGAUUUUUACAGUGUUCGAGCAAAAAUCUUCAUUGCAACUUAAUUUGGACAAACACCCAUCUAUCCACAAAUUCUAUGCGACAAUUAAAAUCCUGGCAAAGAAUGAAUCAUUUUCCUAGAAGUUGGAUGCUUACGACUGUUUGUACGAAAAUGUCAGCCGAGCGGGUGCUUUAUAUGGACAGGAAUAUUUUAAUUUUGUUAAUUCCUGAUUUCUUCUGCACGCCUUUAAACGAUAAAAACUCAACAAAACUGGUCAAUUGUUGCAAAGAAAUUGAAAAUGGUAAACAAUCUCCAUUUAUUGUUAAACCUGCUGGUGGCUCUUUUGGCAAAGGAAUUUUCUUUUUAAGCAAGGCUGAAGAGGUCUAUUCAAUCGACAAUAGUCAAAAAUGGGUUAUUUCACGUUAUAUUGAACGCCCUUUAUUAAUUAAUGGAUUAAAAUGGGAUUUGAGGAUUUAUGUUCUUGUCACGUCUUUUUACCCUUUGAUUGUCUACAUGUACAGUGAUGGAUUGGCCCGUUUUGCUGUUCAUACUUACAAGGAUGGAAAGACUAAUUUUGAUGAUUUAAAUCAACACUUGACAAAUUAUGUUUUGAAUAAAACGAGCGAAUAUUUUAUUAGAAACAACGAUUGUUCUGUAGAAGAUAUGGGGCAUAAAUGGACGUUGGGAGCGUUACUUCGACAUUUGGAGGAACAUUCUGGGAUUGAUACUGAAUUAUUAAUGGUACGUAUUGAGGAUAUUGUGAUUAAAUCACUUUUAUCUAUCCAACCGCGAGUUGCUGCAAUGUGUAGAAAAUUAAAUUUACAUCCAAAAUGCUGUUUUGAACUUUUUGGGUUUGACAUUUUGGUAGAUGAACAUUUGAAGCCUUGGCUACUUGAAAUAAAUUUGUCUCCAAGUUUAUCAUGUGAUUCUCCACUCGACACUUUAUUAAAAACACAUUUAUUUUGUGAUGUUUUAAAUGUAGCUUCGAUACCUUUGGUUAAUGAUAGAAACAUGGAAAAUGAAUGCUAUUUUAGUGAUGAAGAAGAUGAAUUGGCUGAUGAAGGACAAAAACGAAGGAAAAAACGGUCUAAUAAUGAAAAAUUGGAUAAUGGAAAUGAACAAGACUUGAUAACCUUUUCUUCCGAGAGAAUGUCAGCAUUAUAUUUGGAACGUGUUGAACUACUUUUUGAAAAAUUAAAGUUAGAAAAUAAACGGCGUGGUCAUUUUAAUAGAAUAUUUCCUAGAAGAACAACUUGGCGAAUGUAUUGUUCAAUUUUGGAAGAUUGUGGUCAAGAACAAUGGGAUAAAGCUUUACACACUUUAUUGUCUGCUGAAUAUAAUCAGGAUACGACACCUCCAAAAUUAACUAUGUACGAUGUUCAAUUAACCCAUGAACAACUUAUGAAUGCCGAAAAAUAUCCAAAAAGAGAAUUGUUGGAUCCUACAGUUUCAAACAUUGCACUGGCUGAAGCACUUGAAGAAGCAAAAUGUUAUAAAAAGAAGAAAGUUUAUACAACUGCAAGUAGUAGCGGAGAUUUUAGACCAUAUCCUUCUGCCCUUCCAAAAUUACGUCCAUCAGCUAGAAGAAGAACAAAAAGUCAAUGUUUGGCAGAUGAAUUAAAACAAGAAAAAUUGGAAAAGAAAAAAGAAGAAAUGGCAGCAGCAACAACAACAGCUUCAACCGAUUUAAAUAUUUCUUCAAAUUCUCCAACAGCUCCAUUACUUGAACUUGAUCCAAAUUUGCCUUCUUUAUCUUUAUUAAAAGAAAAUGAAGGAAAUAAAUUUAUUACUAUUAGUGAAAAUCAAAAAAUGUUGAAGAAAAAUGGUGUCAAGUGAAGAAGAAGAGGAAGUGAGAAGUAAAAAGAAGUAAGAAGAAAAUUGAAGAGAAGAAAUCAAAAAAGAAAGAAAAUAAAAAUUAUGAAAAACGCAAAAAUGAUAUUUAUAAGCCUCAAAAAUUCCAAAAAAAAACAAAAAUUUCAAAAAUUCAAGGAUGAAACCAGUUUUUUUCUCUUUUUUACA